AUGCUUGCAGCACGAAGUAGCACUGGUUGCUGGACGUGUCGGCUCCGAAAGAAAAAAUGUCAGGAAGAACGACCCACGUGUUCCACGUGUGAUUCACUUCGCAUCAGUUGCCAUGGCUAUAGUGAGAAACCCACUUGGAUGGAUGGAGGAUCGUCAGAGAAGGCAGAAUCGGAGCGAAUCAAAAGAGACAUAAAAGAGAACAAGAAACGGAAAAGAGAGAUAGCCAGUCUCACUGUGGCAAAGAGUGGCCCAGCAUCUACACCCAUUACCGACAACUCGAUGACAGAUACAGAGUCCAGCGAUGCACCCCAGAGGCCAUUGUGCGUGGGCUGCUCACUGAGCCUCAUGAUUAACGAGUAUCAUGGACGCGAGGCGAGCCUCUUGAUGCAUUAUUUAGAUAUUGUCUUUCCUGUUCAAUUCAGAUUCUAUAGGCCUUUGGCCUCAGAAGGUGGCCGUGGCUGGCUUCUGAGUAUCUUAUUACAUACGAAGCCACUGUAUCAUGCGACGCUGAGUUUAAGCGCAUGUCAUCACAGCGCUAUGUACUCAGGCAGUGGGUCUAAAACUAGUGAUAACAUACUUGAAGACCUGCAAAGGCACCAUUGUCUGGCGCUGGUUGGUCUCAGGCAACAUAUUGAUCGGCUUAGUUUGGAAAUUGGUUUGGGCAGGACAAAGACAAAAGUCGAAAUACUUGCUUGUAUGAUCUGUUUGAUUUCAUUCGAGGUUUUGAAAGGAGAUAGUAAUGACUGGCAGACCCAUUUGCAGGCUGCGAGAACUAUUUUCAUGGGUCUCAAGGACAAUUUUCUUCCGCCAUUGAAUAACUUAAAUGCAGUGCAGGAGAUAGGAGACUCCCCAAACCCCGAUUCCGACGCUCUUUCUUUGGACGAAGAAUUGGCCCUCGAGUUCUUUUCUACGGCCCUGAUCUGGUUUGAUGGUUUAUCUUCCGUAACUAUAGGUGCAAAUUCAAAGUAUUCCGAUGUCUACCCUUCUAUUCUGCGCAUUGAUAAUGGCACAAUCCAACUUUGUAAGUUGAUGGGAGGUCAGAAUUGGGUUAUGAUUGCUAUUAUGGACAUUGCGCUCUUGGCCGAGUGGAAAAUUAUGCGAGAGGGUUUGGGCGAUUUAAGCCAAUCUCAGCUGGCUAGGCGUGCAGCCUGUAUCGAAGAUCAAAUUGAACAUGGUAUACAAGAGAACAGAGCCCGUCAAAUUGGCGAAAAUUCUGAUCCGUGUGGCAUUCGAGCUCAAGAAAGCCAACAUGUCACUCAUAUAUUCGCAUGUGCUGCAAAGGUCUAUUUCGUGUCAGCAGCCCUGAAAGCCUUUCGAGAUCUUCCCGAUGGUCGAUGGAUACGCCACCUUGUAUGGCCUUUCUGCGUUGUUAGCUGUAUGGCAGACGAAGAGCUUGAAGACGAAUUUCGACAGAUGGCGGCCCUGGCAAAUAAAGAUCGAGACGUUUUCUGCAACUUUCAGAAUACAUCCUCGAUCAUGGAAGAGUGUUGGAGACUUCGCAAAUGUCAGCCUAGCAGUCCUUGCAGCUGGGCAACAGCCAUGUCCAGUCUAGGGGUCAAGACUCUCCUUGUCUGA